GAUCAUGCUGAUCCAGUCCAGUCAUAUUUGACCCAUCAAACAAGGGAGACACAAUAAAUACGACAGUGUCAGUAUCAAGCAAUGGGAUUAUUGAAAACAGUGUGUCCUCCACCCAGCCAGCAGAGGGCACAGUGUCUGAGCGCAGCAUAGAGCCACACAAAGGCUUAGUUUUAUUGGAGAUAAAGAUAAAACACAGGCAAACAUAGGUGAAUAAUCUGCAGAGUAGCUUCAUCCCACUGUUUCAUGGGCUGCCCUUGAAGUUAGAGCUGUUGUAAGCCUAAAUGCCGCAGUACCAUAUCAGCAUACAGGAGGGGAGCCAGCGGCCGCCGGUGCAGAAAUGUUCGCAAUGCUGCAGGUUUUAUCACUGCCCGCUCUGCAGCCCGCACAUCUACAAGCCCGCACACAGAUACAAAGUCUACAGACAUCUGCAAUGUCACCUUUCAAGAGCCAUUCAUUUUAGAGGCUACAGCAUCUACAAGUGCAACCUGGGCUGCCGGCCACAAGCUCAUUUCCACUGUUUUUGCAAGAAACUGCUUUUGAAUCGUAAUCAAUUCACUCAUCAUCUGAAUACAAAACAUCAAUCCCUUCCUGCAGUGGAUCAUCCAGUCUGCCCUGGUGUUAAAGGUGAUCAUAGUGAUGAUGAUGCAGAACAGACUUUACCUCUGUCUCCAUCACCAGGAGAGCCACUGAAUGCUAAUCCAAGUCCACUGAGCUCCUCAGGAGCAGAUUAUGCAGUAACAUGGACCUCAGGCACUUUUUCAAACAUAGUGAAUGAAGAACCAACUUUAAAUAAUGAACCAGCCUCAGCGCCCUCAGAUGAUGUAGCAGUAAAGCCAUGUCAAGCAGAAGUCGGGCCAAAGAAACUUGCAGCAUGCCCACAAUGCAACGCUGUAAUGAACAAAAGAUGCCUUAACAUGCACAUAAGAAUGAAACACUCCAGCAGGACUGCACAUGUGACUGCAAGUUCACCCCUCAGAGAAUCACCACCAGCUGUUGGAGGAUCAGAGCUUCAUCUCAGUCCCACACUGGAGCUGGAGAUCUUGACCCAGCUGAGAGUCCUCCGUCAGCAGCAGAGCCAAAUCCUACAGCUGUUGCAGAAGCUCACCAACACAGACGGCAUUCCUGACUCCACCGCGGCCGAUCUAAGGGCCAUGUUCCCCAUCACGGAGGAGGACGGACUCGCUGACUUAGAGCUGAAGCUCAGUGAAAACCCAGACUUGAAUAGUAGGCUUGUUAACUUUUUCGGGGAUACCGAUGGACUCCCUAUUGAUCAAACAGCAGAGAGGAUACUGGAAAGGAUGCUGUCCAACACAUUUGCGAAAAGAAUGGACUGGAGAGGGAAAAACAACAAGGUGUCGUUUGCAUCUUCGUGUUUAAAGGAAAUCGUUAACGAUGCUGUGAGGAGAAACAGUGUGUGUGCCAGAGCUGCAGAUGAAGCGGUCGAGUCUGUUGUGAAGAAAUGGCUGCAGCAGGCGGGAGAGAGGGAUGAAGGGACAGAGGGAAGAAGACAGGAGAGAACAGAAGUGGAAGAAGACAUUUGAUCUGCUGUUUUACACAUCAAUGUAUCACUUGUCUCCCUUUGUCUCCAGUUUUAUUGGAGUUAAAUGGCUGAAUUAAUUGUGUUAAGUUCUAUUAAGAUGAAGGCUCUGUUGAGUUAAAUGUAUUGGUUGUCAUAAAGUGGAUGUAAAAUAUCUAAAUAUGAAUUUCCUUGUGGGACAAUAAAGAUCUGAUCUGAGCUGAACUACUGGAUUUAUUUAUUAUUGCCACAUUAAGAUUGAGUUGUGACAUUGCAGCAUCAUGGUUUAAGAUUAUAGUCAGUGCUAAAAGAUUUCAAUAAUUCAAAAAUAAUAAUAUGUAUUGACGUCUAAAAGUUUGUAAUCACUACACCCUGCUAGAUGCUUUAUUUUGGCCUCUAAAAUACUCAGAGAGAAGAGGGUACAUGAUUAGGACAAAUAGGAAUAAGCAAAAACACUAAACCCAGCAGUAAAUCCUCAUCCAACCAUUUUCACUGUUCUCACAUGCACUUUACUAUCCAUU